AUGGUUCGCAGGAAAACUGAUAAUUUUACCAUUACCGAAGAAAUGCGCAACGAAGCGUUAAUACAGAUCGAAGACAUUUGCAUGCUCAUGUGCGGCAGUCUACUAGCGACAUUGGGAAUGCCAGCGUUAAGCAGUUCAAUGCACGAUGCUUUCAAUCGCGAGUUUCAACGGGAGCACCACUUUGAUCAACCUAACCUGGCCGAAAGAGUCCGACCAAAUGUGCCGCUUUUGAAUGCCGAGCAGAAGAACGUGUACGAUUCGAUAAUGAAGGUUGUUUGCGAUGAAACGGGAGGCUUAUACUUUCUCGAUGCUCCUGGUGGGACAGGCAAGACAUUCGUCAUUUCGUUGAUUCUGGCAACGAUUCGGUCAAGAUCUCAAAUUGCGGUGGCUGUUGCAUCAUCUGGCAUUGCUGCUACAUUGUUGGAAGGCGGUCGAACUGCACAUUCCGCUUUGAAGCUACCCAUGAAUCUUCUGACGGUUGACCAGCCAACGUGCACGAUGAACAAGAAUUCGGCGACAGCGAAAUUGAUGCGAGAAUGCAAAAUAAUCAUUUGGGAUGAAUGCACGAUGGCACAUAAACGAGCCUUGGAGGCAGUUGACCAAACCAUAAAGGAUUUACGAGGUGAUUCGAAACUAUUUGGUGGGGCCUUGAUAUUGCUGUCCGGAGAUUUUCGUCAAACGCUUCCCGUCAUCCCGAAAUCUACGGCUGCCGAUGAAGUUAUUGCAUGCCUAAAAUCGUCCUCUUUGUGGCGAUAUGUCAAGAAGUUUAAAUUGUCCACGAAUAUGAGAGUCGCAUUGCAGAAUGACCCCUCCGCUGCUGAAUUCUCGAGACAACUGCUGGCGCUUGGCAAUGGCGAAAUUCCAGUUGAUGUUUCGACUGGACUAAUAUCGUUCCCAGCAAAUUUUUGCGAGUUCACAUCGUCGAAAGAGGAACUCAUCACAAAAGUGUUUCCCGACAUUGCACAAAAUUAUAAAAAUCUCGAUUGGAUUAGUGAACGGGCAAUACUAGCAGCGAAGAAUAAUGACGUAGAUAGUUUGAAUUUCGUUAUUCAAAGUCAAAUCGCUGGAGAACUGCAUUCAUACAAAUCCGUUGACAGCGUGGCCUACUAG